AUGAUGGAAGAGGAGUACAAAACUAAACUUGCCGAGGCUACUCAAAGGCAGGCAGAACUCCAAAGUCAUAUCGACAGGCUGAGGAAAGAGAGAGAUUCUAGUAAAAAUAGAGUCGGUGAGCUGGAAUUGAUUGUUAAUAGUAACUUGAGACAAAAUGCUUCAGGGAAUCAAAAUGGCGCAGAACCAUCGUUUAUACCACCGCCUAUCCAACCUAACGUGACUUUUGUUUCGACAAUUGGCGCCAUGAGUGAAUUUAAAAUUGGAGAAGAUUGGGAUAUCUAUCAAGAUAGACUUACUCAGUAUUUCAUCGCAAACAGUGUCACUCAACCUGAACGUAAGGUGGCAGUGUUAGUUACAUUAAUAGGACAAGACGCUUAUAAAUCUCUAAAGGAUUUAUGUGACCCUGCUUUACCAUCGAGCAAGACCUAUGAGGAACUUUGCGUGAUUUUAAAGGGACAAUUUUCGAAGCGUGUUUCAAUUUUUCGCGAGCGAACCGAGUUUUAUGAACUUCGACAAAAUGAUCAGGAAUCAAUCAACGAGUGGUUCAUUAGGAUCAAAAACAAGGCUGCAACUUGUGAAUUUGGUGGACUUUUGAAUGAUAUGAUCAAGGACAAAUUCGUGACUGGUCUCAAAAAGGGUGUCAUUCUCGAUCGUGUGUGUGAGGAAGAACACACAAAACAGCUGACUGAAAUCUUGGAAAUUGCCAGGAAUCGUGAAGCAGCUCUGUUAAAUUCCAAACGAGAAGUGCCCGUGUAUAGUGUUAAUUUAAGAGCAAAUAAAAAUCAAAAGAAUAAGUUCAGUUCUAAAAGUUCGGAGGAUAAACAAGAAAAAACAAAGUUCGUUACGUGCAAUCAUUGUGGUGGUUCAAAUCAUGAUUUUAAGCAUUGUAAAUAUAAAAAGUUUAAGUGCAAUUCGUGUAAAAAAAUUGGACACUUAGCAAAAAUUUGCAAGUCCAAAGAUAAACAAGAAUCUCAAAAUCAUCUUACGGAAGAUGAAGUGUCGUGUUCUGCCAUUGACUGUGAUGAAAUUUUUUCGGUAAAUGACUAUAAGCAACCUUUUUUGGUGGACAUGUUUAUCGGUGAUGUAGCUGUGAAAGCUGAAAUUGACACUGGUGCGAGCAGAUCAGUGAUUCCCGAAUCUCUUUAUCGCGAGAAACUUUCCAAAUUUAAAUUAGAAAAAGUGGAAACGACGUUGCGUUUGUACGACGGUACUAUUGUCAAACCGCUAGGACAAGUUGAGGUUAUGUUGUCAAAAGAUGACAGCAGAAACGUGGUUAAACUUUUAGUCGUCAGACGUGGCUGUCGAAUGUUAUUGGGAAGGGAUUUAAUGAGUGUUUUGGGGUACGAAAUUACACAAGUAAAUUCGAUUAGUGAUGAUUUUAAAUUGCAAGAUGUGCUCCAAGAAUUUAAAUCACUUUUUGACGGGACAACCGGUAAAUAUAAAUACAGUAAAGUGGAUAUGAAUGUUGUCGAUGGGACCAAGCCAAUCUUCUGCAAGCCGAGGCCUGUGCCAUUUGCUUUCAAGGACGAAAUGACUCAAAGGAUACGGGAUCUCGAGAGUCAAGGUUUCAUUAAGGCAGUUGAUGACGCGGAGUGGGGGACACCAUUAGUGCCAGUUUUAAAAAAAGAUGGUAAAAUUCGUGUUUGUGCCGACUACAAGGUUACAAUCAACAAGUGUCUCGAGGACGUCAAACAUCCUACACCAAGGAUCGAAGAGUUGUUCGCUUGUGUGUCGGGUGGUGUUAAAUUCACAAAAUUGGACUUUACCAACGCGUUUAAUCAACUUGAGGUUACAGAGGAAACUGCAAAACUUUUGACUUGGAGUACUCAUUUGGGUUUGUUCAAGGUGAACAGAAUGCCAUUCGGUCCAAAAACUUGUGUUGCUAUUUUUCAAAAAAUAAUUGAAAAAACUUUACAGGGUAUUCCUUGUGUUACUAUUUUUUGUGAUGAUAUUGUUGUUACAGGCAAAACCAAAGAUGAACAUUUACAAAAUUUGAGGCUUGUUUUGAAAAAGUUGUCUGAUGCUGGUUUUAAAUUAAAUUUAAAAAAAUGUAGUUUUUUUCAGGACGAAAUUCAUUAUUUGGGUCACAUCAUAAAUGGCCAAGGUCUUCACAAGAACCCGGAAAUGGUAGAGGCUAUUCGUGCUGUCAAGAAACCGGAAAACGUCACCGAGUUAAAAUCAUUUUUGGGUAUGGUCAAUUAUUACGGGAAAUUCGUUCCGCAUUUGGGGCAAAUGCUGAAGCCAUUGUACGAUGCUACUACGAGACAAAAUUGGACAUGGACUACCAGGGAGGAGGCUGCUUUCAACGAAAUUAAGGAGGAGAUUGCUUCGGAUAGAUGCUUAGUGCAUUAUGAUCCUGCCAAAAAACUCAAAUUGGUUGCCGAUGCAUCUAAAGAUGGAAUAGGUGCUGCACUUCUUCAUGUUUUUCCAAACGGGGAUGAAAGACCCAUCGCUUUUGCUUCAAGAAUUCUACGAUGUUCCGAGAAAAAUUAUUCCGUGAUUCACAAGGAAGCGCUCGCUAUUUACUGGUCUGUAUGUAAAUUUUAUCAAUUUUUGGUUGGAAACAAAUUUAUGUUAUGUUCAGAUCACAAACCAUUGUUGGCGUUAUUUGGGGAGAAAAAUGGCAUUCCAAAAAUGGCAGCUGGUAGACUGCAACGUUGGGCUGUUUUUUUAUCUUCAUUCGAUUAUACCUUGGAAUACAUUAAAGGAAUCGACAACGGAGCGGCGGAUGGACUUUCGAGACUCCCGAGGCAGGUGUCUUCUGGAGUAGAUGAAUCCAUGGACUAUUUUAAUUUUAUUGUCGAGGAAAACAUUCCAAUCAAAUCCGAUGAUUUGAGACGUGAAUUGAGAAAGGAUCCAGUUUUAAGCAAGGUUUUUUUAUACGUUAGAGAUGGAUGGCCGACUCACGUUGAUCCUGAAUUCAAACCUUUUUUAACAAGAAAAGAUGAAAUAAGUAUAGAUUCUGGUUUACUUAUGUGGGGAUAUCGUUUAAUCAUUCCUCAAGUUUUUAGAUCGUCUUUGCUGGAAGAGAUUCAUGGUGGACAUAUUGGAAUUGUCAAGAUGAAGGCUCUCGCUCGACAGUUACUUCUGGUGGCCAGGACUGGAUCUGGACAUCGAGACUUUUGGUAA